AUGGCCCUUCAAUAUCCUUCAUCCUAUUCCUCACUCCAUCGCCUCAUCAUCAUUCUUUGCUUCAUCAUUUUGAAUUUCCCUUUUCAUUCAUCGUCACCAUCAUUCAAGGUCUCUUCUACAUCUACUUCUACUCCCACCACUUCUCCUUUGAUUAUACAACAAGGAAAAGAAACACUCGCUCUUUUAACGUGGAAAUCCAGCCUUCAUAUUCAAUCACAAUCUUUCCUCUCUUCUUGGUCUGCAGCUUCCCGGUGCAAUCAUUGGUUUGGAGUUACUUGCCACAAGUCAGGAAGUGUCUUCAGCUUAAACCUCCAGAAUUGUGGCCUAAAAGGUACACUCCACAAUCUCAAUUUCUUAUCACUCCCCAAUCUCCUCACUCUUGAUCUUAGUAACAACUCCUUCUAUGGAACAAUUCCAAUCCAUAUUGGUAAUCUUUCCAAAAUGAUCACCAUCCUUGAAUUGGGUUCCAAUUAUUUCACUGGUUCAAUCCCUCCUACAAUAGGAAACUUGAGGAAUUUAACCACUUUGUAUCUUUAUGAAAACAAGCUUUCUGGUUCCAUCCCUCAUGAAAUUGGAUUGUUGAGAUCUCUUAAUGAUCUUGGGUUGUCAACUAACAGUCUCAGUGGUCCUAUCCCACCUUCCAUAGGAAACUUGAGGAAUUUAACCACUUUGUAUCUUUAUGAAAACAAGCUUUCUGGUUCCAUCCCUCAUGAAAUUGGAUUGUUGAGAUCUCUUAAUGAUCUUGAGUUGUCAAAUAACAAUCUCAGUGGUCUCAUCCCACCAUCCAUAGGAAACUUGAGGAAUCUAACCACUUUGUAUCUUCAUAAAAACAAGCUUUCUGGUUCCAUCCCUAAUCAAAUUGGAUUGUUGAGAUCUCUUAAUGAUCUUGAGUUGUCAACUAACAGUCUCAGUGGUCCUAUCUCGCCUUCCAUAGGAAACUUGAGGAAUUUAACCACUUUGUAUCUUUAUGAAAACAGGCUUUCUGGUUCCAUCCCUCAUGAAAUUGGAUUGUUGAGAUCUCUUAAUGAUCUUGAGUUGUCAACUAACAGUCUCAGUGGUCCUAUCCCAUCUUCCAUAGGAAACUUGAGGAAUUUAACCACUUUGUAUCUUCAUGAAAACAAGCUUUCUGGUUCCAUCCCUUAUGAAAUUGGAUUGUUGAGAUCUCUUAAUGAUCUUGACUUGUCAAAUAACAAUCUCAGUGGUCUCAUCCCACCUUCCAUAGGAAACUUGAGGAAUCUAACCACUUUGUAUCUUCAUAAAAACAAUCUCAGUGGUCCUAUCCCAUCUUCCAUAGGAAACUUGAGGAAUUUAACCACUUUGUAUCUUCAUGAAAACAAGCUUUCUGGUUCCAUCCCUCAUGAAAUUGGAUUGUUGAGAUCUCUUAAUGAUCUUGACUUGUCAAAUAACAAUCUCAGUGGUCUCAUCCCACCUUCCAUAGAAAACUUGAGGAAUCUAACCACUUUGUAUCUUCAUAAAAACAAGCUUUCUGGUUUCAUCCCUCAUCAAAUUGGAUUGUUGAGAUUUCUUAAUAAUCUUGGGUUGUCAACUAACAGUCUCAGUGGUCCUAUCCCGCAUUCCAUAGGAAACUUGAGGAACUUAACCACUUUGUAUCUUUAUGAAAACAAGCUUUCUGGUUCCAUUCCUCAUGAAAUUGGAUUGUUGAGAUCUCUUAAUGAUCUUGAGUUGUCAAAUAACAAUCUCAGUGGUCUCAUCCCACCUUCCAUAGGAAACUUGAGGAAUCUAACCACUUUGUAUCUUCAUAAAAACAAGCUUUCUGGUUCCAUCCCUCAUAAAAUUGGAUUGUUGAGAUCUCUUAAUGAUCUUGAGUUGUCAACUAACAGUCUCAAUGGUCCUAUCCCAUCUUCCAUAGGAAACUUGAGGAAUUUAACCACUUUGUAUCUUCAUAAAAACAAGCUUUCUGGUUCCAUCCCUCAUGAAAUUGGAUUGUUGAGAUCUCUUAAUGAUCUUGAGUUGUCAAAUAACAAUCUCAGUGGUCUCAUCCCACCUUCCAUAGGAAACUUGAGGAAUUUAACCACUUUGUAUAUUCAGAAAAACAAGCUUUCUGGUUCCAUCCCUCAUGAAAUUGGAUUGUUGAGAUCUCUUAAUGAUAUUGUGUUCUAUACUAACAAUCUCAAUGGUUCCAUCCCGCAUUCCAUAGGAAACUUGAGGAAUUUAACCACUUUGUAUCUUUAUGAAAACAAGCUUUCUGGUUCCAUCCCUCAUGAAAUUGGAUUGUUGAGAUCUCUUAAUGAUCUUGGGUUGUCAAAUAACAAUCUCAAUGGUCCUAUCCCACCUUCCAUAGGAAACUUGAGGAAUUUAACCACUUUGUAUCUUUAUGAAAACAAGCUUUCUGGUUCCAUCCCUCAUGAAAUUGGAUUGUUGAGAUCUCUUAAUGAUCUUGACUUGUCAAAUAACAAUCUCAGUGGUCCUAUCCCACCUUCCAUAGGAAACUUGAGGAAUUUAACCACUUUGUAUCUUUUUGAAAACAAGUUUUCUGGUUCCAUCCCUCAUGAAAUUGGAUUGUUGAGAUCUCUUAAUGAUCUUGACUUGUCAUUUAACAAUCUUAGUGGUCCCAUCCCGUCUUCCAUUGGAAACUUGAGGAACUUAGCUAGCUUGAGUUUUAUGUAUAACAAAAUCAAUGGCUCCAUUCCUUUGGAAAUGAGACACCUCACACAUUUGAAAUCUUUACAGUUAGCUGAGAAUAAUUUGAUGGGCCAACUACCACAGGAGAUAUGUCUCGGUGGAGUACUUGAAAAUUUUACAGCUGAAGGAAACAGUCUCAUUGGAUCUCUCCCAAAGAGCUUGAGAAACUGCACUAGCUUGUUCAGAGUUAGGCUUGAAAGAAACCAACUUGCAGGAAAUAUAACAGAAGAUUUCGGUAUAUACCCAAAUUUACGUUAUAUUGAUUUAAGCUACAACAACUUGUAUGGUGAGCUUUCACAUAAAUGGGGCCAGUGCAAGAGCUUGACAAGCCUGAAAAUCUCCAAUAACAAUAUUUAUGGUAUGAUACCACAUCAGCUUAGGGAGGCAACCAAACUAGAACAACUUGACCUCUCUUCAAAUCAUCUUGUUGGGGAGAUACCAAAAGAAUUAGGUAUGUUGAAGUCAUUGUUCAAAUUGGUGCUAGGAAACAACAAUCUUUCAGGUAGCAUUCCUUUGGAAUUAGGAAAUUUGUCCAAUCUCGCACAUCUUGACUUGGCAUCAAACCAUUUAAGUGGUCCAAUUCCCCAACAAGUCCGAAACUUUGGUAAAUUGUUGUCUUUGAAUUUGAGCAAGAAUAAGUUUGGGGAAAGCAUUCCUGUUGAGAUUGGGAAUGUGAUCAAUCUUGAGAGUCUUGACCUUUGUCAAAAUAGGCUGACAGGAGAGCUACCACAACAGCUCGGACAACUACAAAGCUUGGAAACGUUGAAUCUCUCCCAUAACAACCUCUCGGGUACCAUCCCGCUCACUUUUGAUCAUUUGCAAGGCCUGACAUCCAUAGAUAUAUCUUAUAAUCAGUUGGAAGGUCCUCUACCCAACCUUAAAGCCUUUCAAAAUGCUUCGUUUGAGGCAUUAAGAAAUAACAAAGGUUUGUGCGGUAACAUCACUGGUCUUGAGGCAUGCAACACCAGUAGAAAGAAGGGGAACAUAUUAUUUAUUUUGAUUAUACUCCUUAUUUUGAGCAUUUUGUUGCUUUCAUUUAUUUCUUGUGGGAUUUAUUUUCUUUAUGGAAGAAUAAGGAGUAGAAAAAUCAAUUCUAGAGAAGCACCAACUGAAGAUCUAUUUGCAAUAUGGGGUCAUGAUGGGGAAAUGUCAUAUGAACACAUCAUUGAGGGGACUGAAGAUUUCAACUCCAAAAAUUGUAUUGGCACUGGAGGAUAUGGAACUGUUUACAAGGCCGAGUUGCCAACAGGUCGAAUUGUUGCUGUGAAAAAACUUCACUCAACACAAGAUGGAGAGAUGGUUGAUCUGAAAUCUUUCAAAAGUGAGAUUCAAGCUUUAGCAAACAUUCGGCAUCGCAACAUUGUCAAGCUUUAUGGAUUUUGUUCAUGUUCAGAAAACUCAUUUUUGGUUUAUGAGUUCAUGGAAAAGGGAAGUUUGAGAAACAUUCUAAACAACAAGGAAGAAGCAAUAGAGUUUGAUUGGGUUCUGAGGCUAAAUGUUGUUAAAGGCAUGGCUGAAGCUUUAUCUUAUAUGCACCAUGAUUGCUCCCCUCCUUUAGUUCACCGAGACAUAUCGAGCAACAAUGUUUUGUUAGAUUCAGAAUGUAAAGCUCAUGUAUCCGACUUCGGAACAGCUCGAAUUCUGAAGUCAGACUCAUAUAAUUGGACGUCAUUUGCAGGAACUUUUGGUUAUAUUUCUCCAGGUGAUUUUUCUUCUUGUCUUGCUUAUCUCUGAACUACAUCCAUACAUAUUUCUUAGUGUGUUAUUUAUCGCAUUGGGUGGAACAAUAUACUCAACCUUUAAUACCUCAAAUUUUUUGUGAAGUCGUACAAGUUGUCCUUUUGCUCAAAAAUUAGGAUGAACAUGCUAAUUUCUUUCUUUGCAAUUUUCAUGUUUAAUAGCUAGCUUUUUAAUAUUCUAUUUCUCUCGGUACAAGUUUC